UCGCACUCACCUAUAUAGAAAACCCUUAAUUUUGCUCAAGAUAUUUGUUACUUAAAUAUACUUCACUUUCAGUUUUGGUUCAAGCAAGUGAAAGAUCAUCAGCCAAAAAAUGGGUUCUUUAAUGGCAGGAUGGGAUUCUCCUGUAUCAGAUCCUACAUCAGUUAUACUCAAAAGAAACAAGUCACUUACUAAGGAAAAGAUUGAAGCUUACUGGAAAUCAAAGAAGAAAACGGAGGAAGAACAUCUUAAGGCUAUAUAUGGCUCACCAGAUAGUUGCAAUAACCAGCAGGAAACUCCAUUAAUGGAGUAUGGAAAGAAAUAUAUGAGAUCAAGCUCUAUGCCCUUGCCCCAUACAAACCAGGGUUCCCUAGACAUGGACUCGGAAAUAAGCCUGGAAAAUAUAAUAAAGAAAAAUGGCUGGUGGACGAGGAGCACUUGGGCGUUCUUGAAUGAACCUCCGGUUCUCGACCAUCCGACGAGCAGUUACAAGCCACAGUUCCACAUCGCCAACCUUGCUGCUUCGAAGCCUAACAAAGAUUCUGACAUCAGUGCCACUUAGUCUUUAGCUACUAAUGGUAUCUUAUCCGUUAUGGGGGUGUAUUUAUCUGCUUAAUCUGUGUAUAAAAAACGGUAUGUCACGAUGAUAAUGAGCUGGUUUGUGUGGUUUUUGUGACCUGGUUUUGAUGUCUCUAUGAAGUACAUAGAGUCCUAAACUACUAAUAGUUACGGGAGGUGAAUCUAUAUGUAUAAUAUAAGCUAUUUUGCCUGGA